AAUAUAAACAUGAAUUAGAAAGGCUCACUCAAAUAACCAUGACAAAGGCUCUAGCAUUCAGACUGUGCAUCUGUGCAAUUAUUCUCCUGAGAAUCCCAGGAGAUGUUUGUAUGGAAAUUAUUGGAGGCAAAGAAGUGGUUAAGCAUUCCAGACCUUAUAUGGCUCUUAUACAGAGGACGAACAUAUUACUCUGUGGAGGAGCAUUAAUCAGUUCCAAGUGGGUUGUGACUGCAGCACAUUGUUAUGAUGCCAGCAGCCUACAGGUAACACUUGGAGUCCAUUCACGGACCAAGAAAGAUAAAGCAUGGCAAAUAAGGAAGGUCAAGAUGAGCGUGCCCCAUCCAUACUAUGACAACAAGACAAAGGUUAAUGACAUCAUGUUGCUGAAGCUGGAUAAAGCAGUCAAGAAGAACAAAAAUGUCUCUUUCCUCCCACUACCCAAAUCAAAGAAGGACAUCCAAGCUGGAAUAGACUGCCGUAUAGCUGGGUGGGGACUUGUCAAAAACAUGGACAGAAAGGGAUCAGAUGUAUUAAUGGAAGCCAAUGUCACUGUUAUUGACAGGAGAAAGUGCAAUAGUGAAGAAUACUACAAUUUGGAUCCUGUCAUAACAGUAGAUAUGCUUUGCGCUGGUUCAGUAGAUAAUAAAGUUCGAACAGAUUCGUGCAAGGGGGAUUCAGGCGGUCCAUUAAUCUGCAAUGGAGAAUUCAGAGCUGUUACUUCCUUUGGUGAUAAAUGUGGUAUUCUUAAAAAGCCUGGUGUGUACACACUCCUGUCUCAGAAAUACAUCCAGUGGAUCAAAAAAGUAACCAGGGGUGAUGCCUAAAAUAUUUUAUAAAGGAAAUGACCAAAGCUUUUUUUAUACUUAAAAUAUGUGAGUAAGUUCAAAUGAAAGAUGUG